AUGCAGAUAAAAUCUUCCAGCUCCCUGACUCAGGGAGAGCCAGGUGUCCUCCAUCACAUAACCUCCAGAUUGACCGCAUUUGAAUACACCCGCGGCUCCCGCCAAAAACCCCACAGCAUAAUCUUCAUCGGCGGGCUGAGCGACGGACUCGGCACAGUCGAAUAUACCAGUGACUUAGUCGCGGGCCUGGAAGACACACAAUGGACCCUCAUCAACCUAGUCCUGAGCUGCUCCUACAAUGGCUGGGGCAUGGGCCGACUGGGCGCCGACAUCGACGAAAUAGCCCGGUGCGUACAGUACAUCCGCGAGUACAAAGAGCCACAUUACGGGCCCAGCAAGAUAGUUCUCAUGGGCUCCUCCACAGGCAGCCAAGACGUUCUCCAUUACCUGCACUGCCCAAACCCCCGGUCUGCACACCCAAUACUCGACCGCGACUGGACGCCCGUCACCCGGCCGCCCAUUGAAGGGGCCAUCAUGCAGGCACCCGUGUCGGAUCGCGAGGGCAUUCUGCAAGAGAUUUCCAACGGGACGGAUCGGGACUCGCCGGUGCAGAUGCGCGAACUCUACGAAAGGGCUGUUGCGGCGGCACGCGGCCGCACCUUCGAGGACGAGGUCGAUACCGUCGUCCCGCUGUCUGUAACCGCGCGUAUCGGGUACUCGACUACGACGCCGGUUAGUAGCCGUCGGUUUCUGAGCCUAAUUAGUCCAGAUAGCCCCGGGCAUCCGACUGAAGAUGAUCUGUUUAGUUCGGAUUUGAGUGACGGCCGGCUGGCGGAGACGUUUGGAAUGGUGGGCGUGAGGGGUCUUCUGAGGCAGAAGCUUCUGGUGUUGUAUUCUGGGAGGGAUCAGUCUGUGCCACCGGAGGUUAAUAAGCAGGCUUUGAUAGAGCGGUGGGCGAAGGCUAUUGAUGCCGAUGGGAGCUCUUUCUGGGAUAGGCGCAGUUUGGUUAUUCCCAAUGCUUCGCAUCAGCUAAGUGAUCCUGACCAGGCGGAGCCACGACGCAUUCUUGUGCGGACAGUUAAAGGUUUUCUAGAGGAUCUCGAAGAGCAGUGA